UCCACAAAUUCACAAAAACAUUUCCCCAAUAAAAAAAUAAAUAUAUAAACGAUAAACGACAGAAAUACCAAAAAACGACAAUGGUAGGCGUUUUCCGACGAUCUCUUUCUUUCCCGAACAAAAUCCCGAGCCGAACUUCAUCAAAGCCGUCGAUUUCUCAUCACAUCAGAUCCAUCAGUCUUCCAUGCAGAUCUCACCCGUUGAUUUCCCAGCUCAGGGACGGCGUCGCCGAGCUCCAUUGCUGGGCCACUCAACCGGAAUCUCGGACCUCCGCUUGGCUCGCCGACGGGUUGACCCGACUCAAAGACCUCCACGACUGUCUCGACGAUAUUCUCCAGCUUCCACAGACCCAAGAAUCUCUCCGCCGCCAACCCAACUCCGUCGUCGAGAAUCUUCUAGAAGACUUUCUUCGCUUCGUCGACGUGUACGGUAUCUUCCAGACCUCGAUUCUGGCUCUCAAGGAAGAGCAGUCCGCGGCUCAAGUGGGUUUACGAAAGAGAGACGAGUUAAAGGUUUCUCUGUACGUGAAAGCCCGAAAGAGACUGGCCAAAGAAAUGGGAAAGCUUAUCACGGCGGUACGAUGCAUUAACGGGAGAUCGGCGCCGCCGUUAGUUUGUGUUGGCGACGCCGAACUGUCCGACGGCAUUGGAGACGUCGUUGAGGUAACGGUGACGGUUUCUUUGGCGCUUUUUAACGUAAUAGCGACGUCGUUUGGAUCAAAAAAGUCGAGUUGGAUGGGACUGAGGAGGUUGAAGAAGAAGAAGAAGGCGAAGAAAGCCAUGGUUGAAGAUGAAGGGAUUGUGGAGUUUCAACAAGUCGGAGCAGAGUGUGUGCUGUUUGGGUUGAGGAAGAAGAGCGAUGAAGAGAUUAGAAAAGCUUCGAAGAAAAUGCAGGAACUCGAAACCUGCAUUGGUGGGAUUGAGAUUUGCGGGGAAAGGAUUUUCAGGGGCUUGAUUAACGCCCGUGUUUCUUUACUCAACACUCUCACAAUGUAGAAAAGAAAAAAAAUUAUGUUUUUUAUUUUUGGAAGAAAAAAAAUAUAUCUUAGAGGUUAAUUUAUUAUUUGUGGUGUUUAUUUUUAUUGGAAAAAGUUUAGUAGAGAUUGAGGGUUUUGUACAGUGGUGAUUUUUUGAUCUGUAAAAUUUAUAUUUUUUUCUCGAAAGAUUAAUAUUUAUUAUACUUACUUACAUGCAA